AGCAAGUGCUACUUAGACUAGAGCGGCACUAAGUGUGGAGUGAGAGCUGAAUCGGAAUCGACAGCAACAACAGUAACUCGCAAAAAAAAAACAACCAGCCAGCAGCAUGGUUUACGAAAGUGACUUCUACUCCACCCGUCGGGUUGGCUCGAGCUACACCCGCCCCACGAUUUCCUCGUACACCGUGACGACUCCACUGCGCUACUCCGGAGUACCACGGUUCAACACGAUCACGACCACGACCACGACGUACCGCACACCGAUGCCGUACGUGGCGCACAAACGGCUCGUUCCAGUGACGCGAAUCGUCACGUCACCGCCACGUGUCACGGUUUCACCGAUGCGCGUGUACGGUUCACCGGUCCGCGUGCUCGGAUCGCCGGUCCGCGUGCUCGGUUCACCCGUUCGCACCGUGCGCGCGAUCCGCUCACCGGCCCGUGUCAUCGUCUCACCGGCCCGGAUUGUCACGAUCCGAUCGCCGUACCUGCGGCCGUCGAUCAUCAACAAAGAAUUCGAUCGCAUUGAACGUAAAUAUCGCGCUAGCCCUGUAAGUAGUGCCCUAGAGCAGUAUUACAACUCGCCCUCCUACCUGGAAUUUGAGGAUGAGAAGCGUGACAUCCGCAACUCGACCGCACUGUUGCUGCGCCAGCUGAACGAUCCCGUGCCCCGCCUGAUGGCCCCGGUCGCUCAAGCCGCUCCAGAACCCAACCCCAAGAAGUGGGUGUACGAUCCGUUCUCCACCCACAACCGUCUCAACAGCGACACCUACGUGAAGAGCCACAUCACCGAUCCGAUUCGCAGCGUGCGCAACGACAUCGAGGCCAUGGCCAGAUACCAUUCGCCGGCAUCGCGCUAUGUCGAAUACGUGCUGUUGGAUGACAUCUUGUGGCGCUAUACGUACUACGUCGACGAGGAGGGCAAGAACCACUUGGCCAGUACGCGCAUCAUUGGCUCGCAGGCCUACCCGAAAAGCAAGCCUCGUAUCUAUAACUACGAUACCGCCCGGGUCGGCAAGGAUGUGAACGUCAUGUCGUACUAUAAAUCCAACCGCACCCAGGCCAAGGCCGAUGUGGAGGAAGGCAAAUUAAAUCCAGUUCGCCCGACGCGCAAAUUCAACAACCCGAAGCUGUACGACGACCCAUCUGAUCCCAAGCUGAAGGACAAGCUGGAGAAGAUUGACCGUGUUGCCGAGCUGAACAAGGUGCGCUACGAACCGAUCAACCUAGAGAAGGAGCGUCUGAAGCUGCUGGAGGAGGCCAAAAAGAAGGAGGAAGCAGCCGCCGAGCGAGAGAAGCUCCGUUUGGAGGAGCAAGCGCGCAAGGAGGAAGAAGCUCGCCUGGCCGCUGAGGAAGCCGAACGUCAGCGCAUCGAGGAAGAGCGGUUGGCUGAGGAAGCCCGCGUGGCCGAGGAAGCUCGGUUGGCUGAGGAGGCCCGGUUGGCGGAGGAGGCUCGUAUUGCCGAGGAGGCCCGUCUUGCCGAGGAAGCCAAGAAGGCCGAAGAGAAGAAGAAGAAGGCCGCCGAAAAGAAGAAGAAGGACGAAGAGGAAAAGAAGAAGAAGGACGCGGAAGAGAAGAAACGCAAGGAAGAGGAAGAGAAGAAGCGCAAGGAAGAGGAAGAACGCAAGCGCAAGGAAGAGGAAGAGCGCAAGCGUAAGGAAGCCGAAGAGGCGGCUCGCAAGGCUGCGGAAGAGGAAGCCGCCCGUAAGGCGGCUGAGGAGGCAGCCCAAAAGGCGGCCGAAGAGGAAGCCGCCCGUAAGGCGGCUGAAGAAGAAGCGGCCCGUAAAUCGGCCGAAGAAGAGCAGAGCCGCAUCACGGAGGCGCAAAAGGUGCGCGAGGACGAGCUGGCGCGGUUGAACGAACUCGAAAAGCAAGCCAUCGAGGAGAACAACGAGGAGCUGGCGAAGGAGAUCGCGGAGUUGAAGGCGAUCGCGCAGUCGGACGAAGAGCUGCUGAAGCGCCAGGCGGCUAAGCUCGAGGAGACGGGUGCACCGGCGGCUGAGGGUGAAACGGCACCGGCGGCUGAGGGAGAGCCGGCUGCGGUGGUGGCCGAGGGUGAGCCGGCGGCUGAGGCAGCCCCGGUGGCAGAGGAGACGGUGGCACCCGAGGAGAGCAAGACUGAGGAGAGUCCUGCUGCCGCCGAGUGAAAGGACGAGUUCACGCGUCCUUACGCUUAACCACUAGAACUAAGGACUAACUAGGGCUUUCUCUUCACGAGUUACUGUUAGGAUAUUAGCUAGCAUUUUAGCGGCACCACCCGAGACGAACGGCAAGAAUUGGCCCACUCCCUUUUUAUUCACUCUUCAACCGCCCGGAUCAAAUCGAACGAAAACGCAACACUUUAUCUAGUCCCACGUGGGCGCCUGCGUAAAGGCGCCUGUCACGUUUUAGACGAGUACAGAGACCGGGAACGCUGCCGGUUCGCGAGAGCACUGCAUUUCGAAAAAAAAAACAAGCCCACGUCGCUUAGCAAACGCCUACACUGCCUUUCUUAGUCGCCUUUGAGACGCCGUUACUCUUAUAAGGCACCGUUGCCAGGGAAACCGAGGAUAUCCCAGCUGUUGGUGGGAAGGGAUUCGCGCACCGAACCGAUUCGAUUGAUAUAGCGAACGGAGCGAAAGUCUAUAUUGGGUAGAAUUCGGACGGGCAAGCUCGAUUAUCUCUUCUGUUUUGAUGAUCUUCCAUUUUCCCGCGGCAUCGAGAGCUUUGUUAAGAAGCGGGGUUUGCAAAACAAUCGUUUCCUAUUGUACUCACCCGAGUGCACAACGCACACAAACACACGAAUCGAUGGUUAGGGAUUAGAGUUAGGACGGCGAAAAGCCACCCAAAACGCUUUCCCGCCGCAGAAGCAAAUAACGAAAUUAUACCAGUGGUACAUUUGCACAUUUUUUACUCUACACGCUUUACUUCUUUAUUGCACCUCUUGUUUCAUCCUUGAACUUAGCGUACGUACACAAGAGUAAACUAAGAGAAUGUGUCUUUUUUUCCCCCGUUUCCCGAAACGUUCUCAAACUGUGUCUACUACUCGUUUUCUUUACGUUACUCUUACACGUUCUUGUUGAUCGUUAAGUUACAACCCGCACAAUCGAUUCCGAUCGAUAAGACAGUAAAUAAACGUGUAAAUAAGAUUAGAAAAUCAAUGGAAAAGAAAUGG